AUGGAACUCAGAAAAUCGCAACCCCAAAAAGGGACCCCCGCACGACGACGUGCAAAACGGCCGGUUAACUCGCCUGCUCGCAAGACAUAUGCCUCCGAGAACGACAUGCCAAGUGAAGCGUCUCUGCCGAUCGAGCUCCCAGGGCCGUUUACGCCCCGGAAAUCGGCGUCAAACAGCCCGGCGCCCUCCUCUCAGACUGCCCACCCUAAACCCAAGCCCCGGAAUGGGAACAACACGAGGGUGAAGCAGGCCUCAUCGCCCCGGCCACCGAAGCACGGCCAAACUACCCCUCCACAAACAGCAGCAGUGCCCAAGGCGAUUCCUGUAUCUGCCUUUGCAGGCGCAACCUUCCACGCCUCUCCCGCGCCUUCCUCCCUUCCGAUCCCGAGCUUCCUCUCCAAGGGGCCCGGCUCCCCUUCGGCGAGGAAGGAUAUCGAUCGCAUCUGCGGCGAACCGUCACCCCCUGCCACAGACUCGGAGGCCCCCACGCCUCAGCACCGUCUUCUGAAGGCGGAGCCCACGCUGCAGGAAUCGCCUCUGGAUAUCUUCUUCCGUGCCGAUCGAGCUGAGAAAGAGCGGGCACGGAGGGCAAGCUCGGCCAACAUUCUCAGACCGCACCCAGUCCCGUUCUCUCCUCCCGCGCAGAUCCGUUCUCCCCAGGAGCCUAAGACCGUUCCUCGCGAGCUGUUCAGUUCGGGCAAUCGUCGACAUGGGCUGCAGCGCAAGUCUUCAACCGGUAUACCCGUUAGCGAGCUCGACGGCACUCCGGGCACAGCUGUGGGCCCGGCAUUCUCGAAGCCAUAUCAGGACCGUAUCCGAGCUGCCCGAUCCACCGAGAAGCGAGGCGAGCCGAUGAAAAAACCUGAGUCGUACGACCAAAACCCGGCCACGGUGGACGCGAGUGAGAGGCUGAAGCGGCUGCUGGCCAUCCGGUCGGUUUCGAACGGGCAGCAACCUCUUCAGGUGGCCGCGGUGUCUCGCGGGUUGGCCGAUCUGUCCCCACCCUUUGGGACCGGGUCUCAACCGGCGUCGGCGUCUUCCGCAUCGCAUGUUUCGGGGCCGGAGAGUCCCGAGUAUAGCCGCUCAUUCGUGUGCCCGCCGCCCCCCGAAGCUCGCUACAACUACACCGAAACUCCUCCGAGUAGCGGUAUCAGUCAGGCCGGCAACCGUUCGGUGAUAACAGAGCCGGUCGUCAGCCGCGCUCCCGAGAUCGUGCACAUGGAAGACAACCUGCGGCGCCUGCUAAAGCUGAACAUCGGGUCAAACCCGGCACUUCCGACCAGCUAUCAGAGCUCCUAA